GUUUUCGGACGUCUGGGGUACUGUGACUGAGAGCGAGAAAGACUGCACCUCGACUGGCAAUCGCUUGACUCGCUGCCAAUAAGAGCUGCCCUUGCAGUGCUGUGCAGCAGGAGGGAUUUGGCUGGCGCCGUGUAGGCGUUCAGCUUGACCUCGCGAGCAUACUCGUCAGCCAUGUCUUUGCUGCCGACCAGUGAUGCCCCGCUGGAGCGCGCGUCGCAGACGCCACCCCCGCCCAAUAAGGCAGUAAGGGUAUCAACCGUCGAGAGUUUUGUGGUUGGUGCCUUGGCUGCCAUGACGGCCGUGACCGUCACGAACCCAAUGGAAGUCUGCAAGACCCGAAUGCAGUUGCAAGGCGAGCUUCAAAGGGUUGCAGUCAAAAACGCAGCGGCAUCGCCGAGACUGUACAACAAUGCUUUGGAUUGCUUUUCCAAAACACUCCGCUCGGAAGGCAUUCGCGGAGUACAGCGUGGUCUCGGUGCGGCAUUUGUCUACCAAGUGCUGCUGAACGGCAGUAGAUUGGGGUUUUACGAGCCCUUUCGGAGGGCCAUCAAUCGGGCAGCUGGGAAGGACGUCAAAGAGGUAUGGGCUUUCGGAGCACUUCUGGCAGGCGCGUCCAGUGGUGUGGUCGGAGCUAUGCUGGGCAACCCGUUCUUUUUAGUCAAGGCAAGAAUACAAGCAUAUAGUCCGCACGUCAAGAUCGGCAAAGCAAGCCACAACUAUAAUGGCUGGAUCGAUGGCUUAAAGAUGGUAUGGAAGGAGGAAGGCGUGCGGGGCUUUGGUCGUGGUAUAUCUGCCGGUGUCUUACGAACAGCCAUGGGCAGCACAGUUCAGCUUCCUGCGUAUAACUGGAUGAAGACCUACCUUGUCAAGCUGGAUCCAAGCGCCAACCCUUACAAUCCAUUCACUGCACUAGCAGGCAAACCCAACUCUUUCUUCACCUACCUCGUCUCCUCUAUUUUCAGUGGUCUCUGCGUCUGCGCUGUGAUGCAGCCGGCUGAUACUGCAUUGACGCGGAUGUACAAUCAGCCGGUCAGAAUAGACGAGCGAGGCCGAUCCGUUGGGGUGUUGUACAGGUCGCCAUUUGACUGCCUUUGGCAGACAGCAAAGGCUGAAGGCAUCAUUCGCGGCUGGUACAAGGGCACAACUGCACAUUUAUUACGCAUCGCUCCGCACACGGUCCUCACGCUUGUUAUGAAUGAGGCAUAUCUACGAUGGUACAUCCAGUUCAAGAGCCCAAGAUAGACUCUUUAAUGUAUGCCUACAUGUAGACAUGUCGGUGUCACGACGACUGAUUACAAUAGCUAGAAUACAGUUGGUUGCAAAGACCCGGCACUGAACGAGGGGACUGGGAAAGAUUGAGCUGCCAUCGCCAUUCGCACUAACCUACAAGGAUGCUUUGGUAAAUUAAAUUUAUGUGCGACCCUCUGGUAAAAAAAAGUAUCAUAAGGCAGACUAAAUAGCUCAGAUUUUUCCACAGCGGUGUUGCAUUCG